UGACAUGUAUGGUGUAAGCAGUCUUUUGACGUAUCUCUGCGCCUCCUGGAGCAUUGCAGAGAUUUUGCUCUGGGAUUUGACUGUGACCAGCCUUGUCUGGUCUUGCAUCAUAUCUCCGCACACUACAACCAGUACGGUCCAAUCAAACAGAUUAUUAUUUCAUCUCUAUCAGUCCUUCCAUUUCCAACUUUCCGAACGUCUCCAUUUCACUACCUGGCAACCUUUACAUGAGACUGUACUAUGCCCAUGCCAUAUGGAAUUGAUGAUGGAAUAAAGCCUGAGAGACGAUUCUGUGCGAAUGCCGAAAUCAUACCAUUUCUCGGACGUACGGAAUUGACCGAACUAUACAAUUCUUGCCAUAUUCUAACCGGCCCUACAUUUAACAACCCCUUCUUUUACUAUGAUACAUAUAAUUGCUCAUCCUACGCGAAGUUCAAAUGCGAUAUCGAUGGCCAUGGCUUUGGGUACGGGUCUGCGAAGCUUUGUUGGUGGGGCCAUGAGUCCGCCAGCAGCAGCAACCGCAGCGGCGCCGUUACUUCAGGUUCGUCCUCAGGCUCACCGAGCUCUACAAUCAAUCCAGAGCCAGUGGCAUCAGUCCUGUCAGGGCCAGAGUGAAGUUGUGCACAGUGCUACUCGGACCUUUUCCUCCUUCUCGAAGAGUCGAGCGCUGGCUGCUCGUCCCUUUAGCUCUUCCCCGUCGUCAUCCACCUGGAUGGGGAGCCCCACUAUAACCACAUCCGCCUUCGCCGCGAGUACCAGCACCCACAACCUCCGAAGGGUCCGACAACCCCACCAAUCUAAUAACUACUCCACUACUACUUCUGCACCGAAUAUUUCCACGCCGACAACUUCUCUUUCCCUGCAACAACACCGCCUUUUGUCAUCUCUACAUUUUGCACGCUCGUGGCAAGGACAAGUAGAGAAAUUUAAUACCUCAUUUAGUCCUUUACGACGAAGAAGUUUUUCGACCUCGCAAAACAACAAAAUGUCUUUCCAGCUGUUCUGUUUGGAGAAUCCUCUGUUGGAUAUCCAGGGCAAGGGUGACGAGAAGCUCCUGGAAAAGUAUGGCCUCAAGGCCAACGACGCCAUUCUCGCCGAGGAGAAGCACCUUGGCCUUUACGAGGAGCUGCUCACGAACCACGAUGCUAAGCUGAUUGCCGGUGGUGCUGCCCAGAACACUGCUCGUGGUGCCCAGUACUUGCUCCCUCCCAACUCGGUUGUCUACGCCGGCUCUGUUGGCAAGGACAAGUACGCCCAGAUUCUCCACGACGCUGUCAAGCAGGUCGGCCUCCGCGUCGAGUACCACGUUGAUGAAACUCACCCCACUGGCCGCUGCGGUGUCAUCAUCACCGGCCAUGACCGAAGCAUGUGCACCGACCUUGCUGCCGCCAACUGCUACAAGAUUGAGCACCUCAAGUCUCCCGAGAUCUGGUCGCUGGUCGAGCAGGCUCAGGUGUACUAUGUUGGUGGCUACCACUUGACUGUCAACGUUCCUGCCAUCCUCGCUCUCGCCGAGGAGGCUGCCCAGAAGAACAAGACCUUUGUCCUCUCCAUCUCUGCUCCCUUCAUUCCCCAAUUCUUCAAGGAGCAGCUUGACGAGACUGCUCCCUAUUGGGACUAUGUGAUUGGUAACGAGACCGAGGCUCUUGCCUACGCCGAGUCUCACAGCUGGGGUACCACCGACCUCACCGAGAUUGCCAAGAAGCUCGCCCUCCUGCCCAAGCGCAACACUGACAAGCCCCGCACUGUCAUCAUUACCCAGGGCACCGACCCCACUAUUGUCGCCAUUGGCUCUGCCUCGGGCGAGCCCACUGUCAAGACCUACCCUGUCCACCCCAUCAACCCCGAGGAGAUUUGCGACACCAACGGCGCCGGUGACGCCUUCGCUGGUGGUCUGCUCGCCGGUAUCGUUGAGGGCAAGACUCUCGAGCAGUCCAUUGACAUGGGUCAGUGGCUCGCCAGCCAGAGCAUCCGCGAGCUCGGUCCUUCUUUCCCCUUCCCCAAGAAGACCUACGCUCCUCUGCAGUAAAUCCAUUUUAUGACGCCGCACCCGGUCGUCCCAAACCAUGGUCCUCCAAAUUCUCAAGACACGAUCGGGCAUAAAUAGAUUCUCGUCACCUGAUCCUCUUUACCAUUUUUCCCCCAAAAGAAUUUCAACAUACAUACCCCAUUUCAUCCACCGGCCCCAACGCGUGAGACUCUAUUUACUAUCAUCUUAUCCCAUCUUAUUUCAUCCGUUGCUUCCUUUUGUCGUCUCAUAUAUCAUCUUCCUCCUCUUCCUCGAGUGAGCAUACGAGUUGGGGCCGUGGCAGACAUGUACCCCACUUUUUAAAUUUUUUUCAACAAUACCAAUCAAUCCUGAACUAUCCAUGGGUAAACUAGAAUAGUACUCUUGACGAUUACAUAUAAAUACAAUACGUAUUAUCCAUUUAUACGCUUGACGUUGAAAGUC